GGCACAAACACUUAAAAAUAAUCAGACGGUUCUCGUAUCUCCUUGAUUACACACCGUUGGAUCGAUGACUGAGGAAGAUAAAACGAAACAGAGAGAGAAUAAGCGUUUUGUUUUGUCAUAUUUUGUGUUUUGUCAUAUUUUGUGUGACAUUUACAAAAAGCGAUCGAGUGAGUGAAGCGACAGCUUCGGAUUAUCCGUCUUAUCGGAAUGUGGAAACUUUGAGAAAAUACAAGAACAACUCAUAGAGAGACACACAAGAGACGUUUUUUUUUUUAUCUCUUUUCUCUAUUUGAAAUCUCUGAAUAGCUUCUGUGUUUUUCGAUGAUUUGUACUGUGUACGUUUUUUUAUCUUCUUCUACUUCUUCUUCUUGUGUCAGUUACAUAUCAAUGUUUGAUUUGAUUGAAGAACAGUGACUCCAUUAAUGAAGCUUUCCUUAUAGUAAAUGCUUUUUUCGAAAAAAAUCAACGAUCUACAUUUUUUUUUUUUGUAUUCACGGGUUGAAUGUACAAACAUUAAUAAUAAUAAAAAAUAAUUUCUUCUUUAAGUCUUCUUUUUUUUCUUUUGGCUUUAUUUGUCUCAUCUCUUUUAUUUCACGAAGAACCUGAUUCUUCGAGACACGAGAAACGAUUUUAUAACUUUUCUCUCUUUUUUCUUUUCCUCUUCUUUAACGUCUUUUUACUUUUCUCUCUUUUCUCUUCUUCUUUUGUGUAUCUAUCUAACAAUCAAAGUGUGUGAAAAUCGUAAGAGACCUUUUUUUGUUUUGCAGAGAGAUGUUGAAGAAGUGAGUUUUUUUUUGUUCUUCUCUAUUAGUCCUUCUUCACCUCUUGCUUGAGUGGUGAGAAAAAAAGAAGAUGGAAAUGGGUCGUCGAGAUUUGAUGAGACGUGGAACAACCAAUCGAUUUUCCAAUAAACAACAAUCUGGAUCUGGGUUUUCUACAAAAUCUAAGAAAGGAAUGCUGAAGAAACUUGGUUUUGCUGAUGAGAAACUGAAACAAGAGAUGAGCUACGAUACUCUUCCUUCUCCAGAUUUAGAAAACGAGGUUUCUAAGAAGAAAUCUAAGCUUCCAAAAAAGAAUUUGAAAGACACUAAUGGUGUGGAUCAUGCCUCUGUACCACGGAAGCUUCGUUCAGCCAUGAAGAAGCGGAAUCUUGAAUCUGUUUCUAAGCUAUCCUCUGUUUCAAAGAGACUUAACCGGUUUAAAACCGGAACUGAAUCUUCGGUUAAGAAGGAGAGUCAAGAAAUGGAAGCAAAAGCUAUCGUUACUGAGUCGAUGAUGAUUUCGAAAGAUGAGAAAGAAGUUGCAGAGACUUUAUAUGGUUUAGCUGGAAUGUUUACUGAGACUGACUCUCUUGGUAAGAAGACUAGUAAUGAGAAAGAAACCAGCAAAGUUGUUGACUCAAUUUUGGUUGUGGAAGAUGACUAUACAAAAACCGAAUCGCUUACACCGGUGGUUUCAGUUCUCUCUUCAGCCAAAACUAAGCAGAUUGAUGCAAUGCCAUUAGAGCAAUCUGAUAAACAGUUCAACACAACAGGAAUGGUUGAUUUCAUUGAUAGAUUGAAGCAAAGCAGCUCAGUGAAAGUGACUGAUGCACAUGCAAGAGUCAAUGAAACAAAGGUUACAACAAGCAACGGUCUUGCUCUGUGGCCUGGCCUUUCUUCAACAACUGUUCAUUCAGGAGCUCAAGUUCUUUCAAAGCCAUCUUCAACAAAGCUUCCACCGUGGAUGGGUCAAGCUGUUUCUCCUUCCAAUACUGCUUCACUCUUGAACUGUGAACCAUUAAGAGUCCAGCCGAGAAAGUUGAAGAGAUGUGCCUCUCAUAUAUACAUUUCCCGUCUCAUUAAAGUAUUACAGACCAGUAAGAGUAGUCUCGCAACACUUAACCAAAACGAGCAAAGAUAUUCAGAAAUGUCAGAACGCAGACUCCCUGAUUCAGUGAUAACCAUUAAUGACUUUAAAGCAAUAGUUUCUCCACCUAAGAGGUAUCAAAACCCGCAUCUGCUCGAUAUGCACCGGGCACAUAACCCAAAACCCGUGCAAGAAGACAUGACUAAGCUUGCUCUCGAGCUCUAUGGUCCACACACUUCACAGAAACAAAGCUUUGAUUUCCUAAGUCUCUCAUCUGCUGGAGCAGCACAAUCUCAUUUCCCACUUCCAAACUCAUUUCCACAGUAUCAAAUCUCUGCAGCUUACAAUAGCCAGCUCUCACCUGCUACUUCUAGCCAUCAGGUGCAGCAGCUUUCUCCUUAUCUAGCCAGUCGGUUCCAGACCGCUUACAACGCAAACCAGCAGCAGCAACAACAGCUUCAAAAAAGGCUAUGGGCUGCUCAGUACAGACCAACAAAUGGAAACACCAUGCAGUCGAACCAAUACAGUAAACCAAACCUCUCCUUAAACCUGACUAGUAUUCAACAACCUCUCCAGGUUUCUUCCUCCCCAAGGUACAACCACAAUGUAUCUCAACAACAACAUCGUCUCAUGACUGCUGCUGCAGCAAUGUCAAUGAGCCAUCAACAUAAUAAUCCAUCACGGGCGGUGAUGAAUAGACAAGAACACCAUUUCCCACUUAUAUAUGAAGAUACAAGGACACCGUUGCAACUACUCUGCAAUGAGCAAUCGUGAAGCUGCCUGUUUGCUUUAUAGUUAAAUAGUUCUAAGGAUUUUACAGAUAGUUGAGAAAAAAACAGAGAUCUUCGCCGGAAUUUGAGAUUCUAGAUGGUGAUGAAAAUCCGAUGAACAAGGAUUGUGAGUGAGAGAUGAUUGAUCACACUUGUUUGAGAAAACCCUAUAAAAAUGUCUUUUAAUGUAAAUGAUCCACGAGUUCUCAAAAGAGGCAAAUUUUGUCGAGGACUCUGUUAUCUGAAGUGAGAGACAGUCACAGAAAAGAAAAAGAUGAUAGGUUUUUUUCGAAUCUCUUUCCAAGUAUAUUUUAAAAGCAGCAUUUGAGUUUCUUGUGCAGCAAGCGAAUUGAAACUCGUAGGAUUAUAA